AUGCAUCCCGCCGGACCAAUCCAUUCCGCCGGACCUCCUCGGCCCGGACCUCCGCCGGCUGCCGGGCCUCCUGCCGGGCCUCCUGCGGGGCUUGCGGUUCGGAAAUGUGCAGACAUGCUAAUGCAAUUCAACGCCUCUCUGGAUAGCAGAGGGCAGAGGAUCGGAGAUUACUUGUUAGAUAAAUCGGCAAGUCAAGACAGCGCAAGAAGCGGGGGAGGUGGGGGAAGAGGAGGGAGAGGAGGAGGAAGAGGUGGAGGGAGAGGAGGAGGAGGAAGGGGAGGAGGGGAGAUGGAGGGAAUGGGGCUGACAAUGGGAGGGGUGGAAGAAAGGUUGUUUUCAGGGGGGUACCAAUCGGUGGUGCAGGUGUUUGAAGAGGUUCGGAUGGUUGUGGAGGGGUACUUGCGAUGGCACAAGGGCAACCGAGAGGUAUCAGUGGAGCUGCACCAUUUCCUCCGCAUAUUCUUCCAGCAGCUCACCUCUGCCUUCCCCGAUGCUGACUGGCUCUCCGCCAACAGCAUCCCUCCUCUCACCCAUCCCCUCACCCUCCCCCACACAUGCUCCACCCGCUCCCCUCCCACUCAUCUCCCCAUCCCCCUAACCAUCCCACUUAUCCUCCCCAUCCCUCGCAUCCCCCACAUGCCCCCCAUGCACCUGGCCCCCACGGUCCCCAUCCUCCCCAGGGGCGCCAGGGACAUCCAGGAGGAGGGAUGGGAGGAGGGGGAAGAGGUGGGGGGAGAGGCGGAGGGAGAGGGGAAGGGAGAGGUAGAGGGAGGGGUGGAGGGGGGAGAGGAGCAAGUGGAGGAGGAAGGGGUGCAGGAGGCAGGGGAGGAGCGGGAGGAGUAG